AUGACAACUACUGAUAUUCCAGAAACUGAUAAUAAUAAUAAUAAUAAUAAUAAUAUUAAGAAGCCUCAAGGAGUUGCAUUUCAAAUGCCUACUUCCAUUACACUUGCAACUCCUCGCAAGGGCAAGAUUGUUUAUAUUGAAGGCAAGAAAUACAUUUUAGAUGAGAAUGGGAAUCCAUGCCAAAUGUGUAACACUCUUGAUGAUUUCCAAUCUUUCACAUCGCUAGGUAAUACAUCAACAACAACAACAACAACUACUACUUCCAAACCUACAACUACAACUACAACUACAACUACUUCCAUUUCCAAACCAAGUACACCAGUUAAUAUUAAUCCAGUACUCGAACCUGCUCCAGAUGUUGAACAACUUGGUCGUUCUUCAUGGACUUUCCUUCAUUCUCUUGCUGCUUCAUAUCCUGAACAUGCUACGACUAUAGAACAAUCUCAAAUGAAAUCAUUUCUUUUAUUAUUUGGAAAUUUAUAUCCAUGUUGGUAUUGUGCUGAAGAUUUACGUGAAUGGAUGAAGGAAAAUCAACCUAAAGUUAAAGGAAGAGAUGAAUUUGGAGAAUGGAUGUGUGAUGCUCAUAAUGCAGUUAAUGAGAAAUUGGGGAAAUCAAAAUUUGAUUGUGCUUUAUGGAAACAACGGUGGAUCAGAGGAUGGUCAAAGAAACAGUGA